AUGGAAAUCCCAACAAAGGAACAGGUGUAUUCGAAGUAUCUUCGCCUUUUAGAAAAAAAAGGCUUUUUUAAAACAACAAGUGAAGAGGAGCGUGCGGAAAAGUCGAAGAAAGCGGAAGUCUAUUUUGCGGAGAAUUAUGACAAGUUACAUCGUCUUCCACAAGUCAAAGUUCCGAAAACACUCGAAGAGGUUUUGCCAGAGAAAUUGAAGGAAGCUGAGGAAUUCAAAAUAUCUGGAAAUGAAUUGUUUAUAAAAAAAGACUAUGCAACAGCUAUUUGCGAAUACUCAAAAGCGAUUUCAUGCAACCCAUUCAAUCACAUUUAUUACUCGAACAGAGCUGCAUGUUACUCGUAUUUGGAGAACUUCGAAUUGGCGUCGAGAGACUGCGAAAAGUGCGUUGAGAUUUCUCCGUCGUUUGCAAAGGGUUUUGGCCGCCUUGCUGUUGCUCGAGUUAAACUUGGGAAGUUGAACGAAGCCAAAGAGGCAAUCGACAAAGCGCUUUCCUUGGACCCGACCAACGAAGUUUACUUGUCGACGAAACAAGAC